CCUCCUCUGCUACUCGAGCAAUACGUACAUCUUACCACCGCAGCAUCCCAAUCACCCCCACGGUAGCAUUUCGUGAUUAUUAAUCGGAAGCACUCGCUUUCUGAAGUACACAACACUGCGUACUGACUUCUAGCCGAAAGGUCGCCAUGGAAUCCUCCAAGUUUUAUCUCCUCUUGGUCAUCGUCGCCACCGCUAGUGUCCUCGACGCCUCGGGGCAGACAGAGCCGUUUCUCGUCACGAAGGCCCGUCAGACGCGCGCAGCUGCCAUCAACGCCACCAACGACUCGCAGAAAUCCGACGCGCUCGCCGCGCAACGUGCCCAGGAGCUCCUCGCGGCGAACAAGACCCUCGCAGAUGCCACGGCGACAUACAACGACGCGUUACCACUCGUGAACCGCCUCAAAACCGUCCUCGCGCAGAAAGUCACCGCAAAGAACCAAACCGCGACGAGCAUUCUCUCUCUGCAGGACGAUCUCGACGCCGCGACGGCAGCGCUGGAUAAACUCUCAGCGUCCGGCUCGGAUGUCACGUCGCUCAAGGCUGCAGUUGAAGACGCGAAAAAGCGCGUGGAGAUGACGGCCCGGCAAGUUGACGGGCAGAAGGAAGAGCUUUAUGACGCGCAGUCGACGGCCAUGCAGGCGACUAAGGACGCCGCUAAUACCAAUCUUUCGCCCACGGAAGCCGCUGCUGCUCAGACGGCGCUGAAGGACGCGAUUGCGACGCAGACGCUCGCAGAGCAGAUCCUGAACGACAUGAUCGCACAGGCGAAUCGCGCGGAGCAGUUGCUGGCGAAGCGACAGGAUGCGCUGGAUAACCCUGACUCAGCGAAUUCCGCGAUCAUCGCGCAGCAAUCGGCGGUUGACGAUGCGCAGGCGGCGCUGGAUGCGGCGGUGAAGGCGGACGACGCGGCGGCGGCAGCGGUGACGAAGGCGACGAACGACGUGACUGUCGCUCAGGCGUCGAUUCCGACGAAAUCGGCGGCGGUGAGUAACGCCAAGAUCGCGCAGAGCAAGGCUGUGACGGCGAAAACGAGCGCGGAUACGGCUGCUGCGACGGCUAAGACAAAGAUGAACACUGCUAUAGCCACUGCUCAAUCGGCCGAGGCUGCUGCGAAGACUGCUGGUUACACUUGGACGUGGUAACUUUCGUGAGCGAAAGUGGCUCGAAUUUUGGCUGCGGGACUUACUGCGAAAGUAAUGAUAAACCUCAGACGCACCGCACAUGGGAGCUUAUCCCGUGGUGCAUAGCGUCCCAAUAAAUCAUGUCCUUUCCUUAGCCGCUGUCAAAUGCCUCAUCGUCUGUGCCUCAUCGUCUGUGCCUCAUCGUCCGUGCCUCAUCGUCUGUGCCUCAUCGUCUGUGCCCUUUCCUAAGCCGGUAUCAAAUUAUAUU